GAUGGUGAUGAUGGCACCAUACGAUGGAUGCUACAUCAUGCAGGAGCAUGGUAGUUAUGUCCUGCCCAUGCUGUGGUGGGGCAGCCCUGUGAAGAUCAUCUGCCCUGUCCCCCCAAUCUCUGUCCCCUCAGUACUCUGCUCCCACUUUGGCAUGGCCAUCCAGAUGCAUGGAGGGGAGGAGGUCAUACACACACUACAGGUCAUAGAGAACGGCGAGUGGGUGCCGUUUGUGUCUGAAGAGUGUGCCUACCAAGUGGAGUCCCACUCAGGAGACCUCAUCUUUUAUGUUCCCUUUACAGCCCCAUGUGUGACCGUCGGAAAUGGAGUUCAUCGACUGGUCCUAUUGGACGGCCAGGACUUCAUCCUCUCCUGCCCCUCACACCACCCUCCUCCAUUUCCCUUCUUUCCCUCUCCUCCAUUUUCUCAACCCUUCUCUCCUGGUGACCCGCAGCAGCAGAUACCUGUCCCUGUGACUUUUGCUCCCUCCACCAGCCCUCCCCUUACCUCUCCUCCCAUCACCCCUUAUACUCAACCCCCAGCCCAGGAACAGAUGCCCCAACUUCCUGCGUUCCCCCACUACCGCCCUCAUGGCAUGUAUCACCAAAUUCCCCAUUUCCCUUACGGUGGAGCUGGUUAUCACCCUCCCCUCCACCCUGGUCACAAUCCAUACCCUGGCUCCCAUCAGCUUCUCCCAGGGAGAUACCCAGGCCAGCAGCCCUUCUUCCCCAUGGGGCCUGGGAAUCACCCCUACGGCUCUGGAGACCACCGUGACUCCUUUUUACCUCUCCCCGCCCCUACCCACGAUCCCAUGCUCAGGCUAUUAUAA